AGAGGAACCAGUUGACAGGAACAUCAAAGGAUCAAGAGGACAGUAGCCGCUGCCCGCUGCGUCGAGAGGAUCAAUAGGAGCAGCAGAUUACUCACAGUUCAAAUCGCUCCAGCCUUGUGGUAUUUAGAGCACAAAUUCACGUCAAGAGGAGCAGAUGAUCAAUUCGAGUUGUCGGAGCUAUGAACGCCGGAGCAGCGGCGAAGGGUAAGGGAGCUGCGGACGCGGAGCAGCGGCAGAGGGUUAAGGAGCUGCGGACGGCGGAGCAGCGGCGGACCUUGGGCUCUCGAUUGGAGCGGAGGGUGGCGCCGGCGAGGGACCUGCGGCCGGCGGGGAAGGAUGUCGAAGUUGCGGCGGAGGGUGAGGGAGCUGCGGACGGCGGAGCAGUGCAGCAACGGCAGACCUCGGUGACGGAGCUCUCAAUUGGAGUGGAGGCAGGCAGCCGGCGGGGAAGGACAACGGCGCUGCGGCGGAGGGAGACAGAGCUGCGGAUGGCGGAGCAGCGCAGCAACAGCCGAAAUCAGGCUCUUGAUUGGGGCGGAGGUAGGCGGCCGGCGGGGAAGGACGGCGGAGCAGCGAAGGAGCUUCCAAGCCACGGGACGAGGGCCAGGAUGGAGAAGAUUCAAAACUGGGAGGACCUUUUUGCAAAAUGUUAUUUCUAUAGCGCUCGCGACAAGUAAUUGGAACCGGAGGGAGUAAUUAAGGUCAUCGUCAAGGUCAAAACGUCUUUCUCCCUCAUACAUCCGGAUGCGUUAGGACAUCAAACGGGCGCCUUGCAGGCUCUCCAAAAUUCAACUAUUUGGAUAAUCCGAACUCCUUCAAAUCGAGCCCAUAUGUGGGGGAGAAAUGUGAUUGUCUGAAUUA